AUGAGAUUCGCGAUUUCAAUUACGGCCAAGAGAUUUGCUCAUCGGGGUCUUCUGGUGAACGAAGGUAAUCCUGUAACUGCUUCUCCUUCAUUCUCCCUUUGCUGCUGGAUUCGAGCUUUCUCUGGUGGGAGCUAUGAUUAUAGAGAGAAGAUUAGAGGUGGAUUUCUGAAUGGUAUUAAGUUAGAUGAUGCAAUUGGUUUGUUCAGUGAAAUGGUCAAGUCUCGUCCUUUGCCUUCCAUAAUCGAUUUCAAUAAGUUGUUGAGUGCUAUUGCGAAGAUGAAGAAGUAUGAUGUUGUGAUAUCUCUGGGAGAGCAGAUGCAGAAUUUGAGAAUCGCAAAUGAUCUGUAUACUUACAAUAUUUUGAUAAACUGUUUCUGCCGCUCCUCUCAACUCCCUCUCGCUUUAGCAAUUCUUGGGAAGAUGAUGAAACUUGGAUGA